CAAUUUUCUCCCAAAAAUUUUCAUCAUCUUCUUCCUAUCACUUUCAUGCAUUCAUUCUACUCAUCAAAAUAGUUUUCAUAGUUUCACAGAAUAUGAGCAUUUUCUCAAUUGAGGCCUUCAAGUUUUUCUUUCUACUUUCCUUCUUCAUUUCACUUUCUAAUGGGAAGAGUCUUGGGAUGAUCCCAAAUCAUGUUAAGUCUAUCAGCUUGCACCAGAAAGCAGCAGCAGCAACUACUGAAGAGAAUGGAGCAAAGAAAGACAUGAGAAUGGAACUGUAUCCAACAGGGUCUGCUUUGCCAGAUUGUUCUGAUGCAUGUGGUUCUUGUUUUCCUUGCAAGAGGGUGAUAGUGAGCUACAAGUGCAUGGUUGCAGAGUCUUGCCCUGUAGUUUAUAGGUGUAUGUGUAAAGGGAAAUAUUACCAUGUACCAUCCAAUGGUUGAGACCAUGAAUUUGUGUGAUCGAAGUUAAAGUUCUGGAAAAAUCUGUGACAGAAAAUUUAACAAUUUAGUUUAGAGUAGAGUAGUGUAGUGUAGGUUGGUUAGAGUCUAGUUUUGUCUUUAUUAAAGACAUGACAACUUUGUCAGCAAAGUAAUGAAUGUGCCAAAAAUGAAACAUGAUCCAUGUUAUAAGGAAAUGUUUGGUUACUUCUGAGUGCUGCAGUUUAUGUUUGUUUACUUCUGGGUACUGCAGUUUUU